AUGGGGGAUGCGGUAGUGGAGACUGGUCGGAUUCCGGGCGCCAGAGUGGUGCCAGGACUCCUAUUGUUGCUGGCUCUCUGCGUUCCUUCGUCUUCAUUACCUUUACCGAAUCUCGCGAGUGGAUGGAUGGACGGGAUUGCCAGUAGGCUCGACAGCCAGAUGGCAACAUCUGCGGCGCAAGAAGCCGCCGCUAGAGGGGUCCUGGAGAGGUUGCUCCCCUCCCAUAUCUUCGCUUUCCAAUUUAGGAUAAUUUCCAAGGUGAGGAUAUGCUUAACUUGGCUUGUCGCUCUUUUUCUCUCUCCUUUCUCUUACGCCUUUUCUCGAAUACUUUCAAAGAUCUGGUGAUCGGCAUUGUAUUUCAAAAAAUUUUGAAAGAGGAUGCAGAUCAGAGAAAAUGGAACUUAAGUUUAUUUCGGAUUGAAACUCUCGUUCUGAUAUACGUGAAUACUUUGCCGUUCAACCAACCCGAAUUAUUUCCCACUAGUCCGGACAUGCUUGCUAAAAGACGCUGGGACCUCAGAAUCUUAUUGCCACACUAUCCUGUGCACUCCGGAGGUAAUUUUUUUGCAGAGGUGGGGCAUUAUUGUUGGUCAAAAGCUGAAUGUAGGAUAGAAGAAUAAUGAAAAGGCGAAAUUUCUCUGUGAUUAAAAGGUUCAAAAUUAAUAAAUAAAAUUAUUUGAGUUUUUAUCAAAUCGUAGACGUUUUGGAUUCCCUCAGUUUUUCUACUUUUGAAGCCUAAAUGUUGAGAUCAUGCGUCCAGAGGAAUCUGAUUACCGUUAAUAAUAACCUGUCUAUCAUCUUUAUUCCCUUAUUCGAUUUGACAUUUUUGAAAAACCUGUCCUUUUAUAGAUUCUUUUGGCUGUAUUAGCGGCAUUGGGGUGAGCGAACAUAGACACUUUUCAAGAAUCUGUAAUUCGCAUUUAAGCAAAACUCUUCAAGUUCAUAGCUCACACGUACUUUCCUAGGCCUGGCAUAGGUGCCUCUUGAACUUGGUGCAGUGAACCAGAUCUAAUAACUGUUUUUUGUGGGUACAACAUGCACUAGAGUCCCAGUGGCGUCCCUUCAAAUUUCCUAGGUUGGACACACCAAUGGAUUGGAUUUGCAGAACUAUUGAUUGUUCAUUGUAGCAAACAUGACCGUAUGACUGAUUCCAAAAAUAUUCUUUUUCUUUUUCAAUCCUCCUAUUUAUCUCAUAUAGUCCCCAUAGAUUCGUGUGCUUUUGAAUUGAUUUCUGUUCAUUUUUUAUGAUUUUAAAAUUUAAAAAAAUUCAGGAGUUAUGUGAUGGACGAAGCUGCUUUUGGAUAAAAAACAUAGACAACUUGCGGAGGAGUGGGCCAGCAAUCAAGUAUGUUAUUUCUUUCAAGGCGAAAAAAAAGAGUCUGAUCUGGAAACUUAGUGUAACUUUAUGUCAUUUCAUUAUCGUCAUAAAUUUCUCACUGCACCAAAUUAGAUACUUCCCUUUUUUGACUGACUAGACCAAAGCAUCUGACAUAUUACGCCAGUUUUCUGCAUCCUAAUCAUUGUGAGUUUCCAUUGAUUUAUCGUUUUUUUGGGGGGGGACUAAAGUUCACUACAGAAUAGCUAAAAUGGACGCCAGGGUUACAUAGGUACACUAUUCAAUCAAAGAUAUAGUUCUGCUAUCCAGUAUAGUUCAGUCGACUCCCUUCCCCUUUGUGGGAAGGAAAAUAUCUUUCUCAGGGUCUAUACAUUUAUAGAUUUUUUAGAAUUAAUUUCGCUGAAAUAUCGGCAAGUUUUUCUCACCAUCAAAUAUUGAAACUUCCCUUCCAAGAUUUUUUGUUUGACUAUUUGAAUGUUAUAACGUUUUUUUCCUCUGGGUAGUAUGGUUACGUCUUGAAGCAGAUGAGGAUUGUAUGUAAAUAUCUAGAGUUCCCUAUGCCUCAGCUGUUGAUUGCUUUAUUUUCUCUAUGGUUUAUCAAAGGUCAGACAUAGCCCGCUUAUAGAAACUUUGAGAAAAUACAUGGGUAUCCACACCAGCAGCAUAGGUUGUUAACCAGAUAUUUCGUUAAUUAGGGAGUACUGCAGGUUAAAUAUGUUUUAGCAAGUAUAGCACUACAUUACAAGGCUUGGUUGAUCUAGAUUUACAUGGUAAAAUUGAUCAUAGAAAAGGCACCAUCAGGUAUAUUUGCAUACUGGAAGGCAUCAUUGCUAUAAGAUGGACACUUCAGUUAUGAUUUAGCUGAAGAACUACUGAGAGAUGUGAGAAAAAAACGACAAAUAGUUUGCUUUUAUGACCGUGGGUAUGUGAUUUGUCUAGCAAAAAGACUAGAAUUUCACUUAUACAAAGCAGAUAUAAUGGUAGUACUUUAUUUUUGUACUUGAUGUGGCAUUGUCACAUAAGAAGAUGCUAGGUACAAAGAAUCAGCUGAUAUGCUGACUGAGGUAGUUACUGCAGAGGAACUGUGCUUUAUGUAUAGAUUUAAGCGGUCUCUAUGAUUAGUUGAUGAGUAGACAUCACUCUGAGGUUCUAAGUUUAAUGAGGAGUCGUAUCACUUUUGUUCUCUUGUUUCUUUCUUCGAUCAGUUGCCAGGAGGGAGAUUGUUAGAUGUUAGAGUCUGUUUUCCCUCAGUAGUGUGCUUAGCCCCUGUUUUGUGGAUGCAAGUUAUCCAUAUCAUGGCAAAAUGCUUCUCAUGUCUGCUUCGUCUUGUCUUGAAGUUCUUUAAGUUUCCCAUCAUCCAGAUCAUUGAAGAAUUUUUGGUUGGAGAUGAGGCACGCUUCUCUUGAAUGAUUUUUUGAAGUUUCACAUCCUUGACUUUUGUAUCAAGAGGAACAACCAUCUUUCCUUACAGACCAAGUGACUACAGUCGAACAUAGUUUCAGAACAAUGUGGCUUAGUUUUGGGAUGGAGGCGUGAAGGAUGAUAACAGGGGAAGCUUCUUGAUAUAUGUUCAUCUUCAUCAAUAUGACAAAAUAGCUUUGAAGGUCCAACUCUUAAAUCCUUUCUAAUCUUGUCAUGGAAGAUGUUACAUAGAUUCUUGUGAAGGUUGUAUGCAAAAGUAAGAUCUAUAUUUGAUUAAAAACAUUUUUAUUGGACAUUACUAUCUGAUGGAAGUUUAUCCUUCACGACCCACAAAAUAUUAUUUAGUAUGAGUGUUAGCUUUGUAAAACCUGCUAAAUGUUGGAAAUGUCUACGACUUCAACCAGCUCCCAAUUGAUUUUAUAGAGAAUGCACUAUAUUCCUCUGCCUGUCAAAUGAAAUGUUUAAUAUCUAUCGUGACAUGAAGAGAAUUAAGAAUAUGCUCAUCAAAACAUGAAUGACAUCACUUGGUAGUGAAUACAAGUCCCAUUCUUUCACCUCUGUUGAUCACAUCACUAAGCUGGGAUAGUUUUUUGAACAUAUUGUGGUACAUGUCAGCUGGAAGAAUGCCAUAUUAGGUUCUCAACGAAUCAUGAUUGUCUUUCUAAAAGAAUACAUGGCCGUUACCAAUUAGACAGCUGUUGCUGUUAGUUAUAUAAGAUUUGUGCUUCAUGAUACUUCUCCUCGUACAUGAUCUCCUGAAGUCAUUUAAGUGUAAGAGGAGCAUUACGAUGGUACAUUUUCCUUCAGCUAUUUGAUUCCAUUUCCUGUCUAAGAUGUCUAUUUUUUAAAUGAAUUGUAUUUUUUCACGUGAAUAUAUGUUUAAUUGGUCUGAUGGCCACUCCAUAAUUAGAAAGUAAUGCCACAAUAGUUGAUCUAAUGUUGCUUCUUGUGAUCUUUGUUGGUUCUUCAUAAUGUGUCAGCUAUUAUGCUGCCAAGAAUAGUUAUUACUGACUUUGGUAGAGUCAGAAACAAGGGAGUGUCGAUGAGAUGAGAUGAUAGUACACGUCUAAGUAAUCUAAGUCUAAUUCCAAUAGAUUGAAAUUCAUGGGACCAAGUUUAUAUCGUACUGACUUGUUUAAUACCAGAAAUCUUGUAAGGAAAGAAGUUGCCAAAUAAAAGUGAGAGAUUAAUAUGUAAAAAACCUGUGUCAUUAACAAUAUGACCAUGUUUUGGAAAAGCUUUUUAGACAUAUAAUCAACUUUGUUUCUGUUUUCUAUUUAGCUGCAACAAGCUUCAUGUGGUGAAAUAAUGGUCGUAAGAUUUAAAAACUCAUUUGAGAGACAUUGAUAUAUCUUCUGGCAUGGAAUUUUUGUAAUAUCCAGGUGAAGGUCUUCUGUGGAACCAAACAGGCUUGGUACAACUCAAAUCUUCCUGGUAAAGAUCAUAUGGCUGGAAAUAACAUGUGCUGGUGUCAUCCAUAAUAAGACAGAUCUCCACCUAGUUCAUCCAUUAAGAAUGGUAGAAGAAGGCCACAGUUUUCAUGGCUGGUCUGAUCAAAGACUGGCCAAAAGGACGAGUCCACUCCACAAAUGCUUAGGGAGCUUUCCCACCAAUUUCUACUGCAAAUUUGGCCUUUCCUUGCAGUGUCCCUUGGUGAAUGCAGUAUUGAGAUUUUUUCUCCAGUGGAGGAGGCUGCAUGGUGGUUAAGGUUUGUUGAUGAGGAGUAUGUGAUAUUAUAGAAUCAAGAAUAACAGGCAGUCGGGAUUAUUAUCAGGCUGAAAUGUACAUUUUGAAAGAAAAUCGUGGACGUGGAGGAGAUACGUGUGAUGGAAGGACAGCUUUAGAAUUGCCAUAGCUUCUCUCCACUAAGCAGUACUCUUUCUUAGAAUUUGUUGGGUGAUAUAUUUUGUCAUUCUCAUUAGAACUGCGACCUUUCAUUUGCAUUCUGUCCCGUCUGUUUGUCCACUUCGGAGACAAAGCUGAGUUUAGUGCAUUUGCCUUUUGUCCCUUCUAAGGGACUAGGCUUGGAUUUUAGUUCGUGUUAACAUUCUUUUCCGAACUACCAUCUGUCUAACUUAAGUCAUGGAAAGCUUUUGUGAGGCUAAUUUGGACCUCUCAUGUUUUGACUUAUACCAUAAGUUUUCCAUUGUCCUUCUAUUUCCUCUUCUUCUUCUGCCCUUUUUGGCUGAGCCAUAGGUGCAAGACUUUUUUGUUCUUUCUUUGAUAACUCUGCCACUAUUAUAAAUUGCCCUGAUUUGAAUCAGAACUGGUUCGAUAUGAUUUUUAACGGUUUUAAUGAUAACAAAACGAGGACAGGGAAUCAGUUUCUUCUUCAUCUGCUCUCCUUUAGUGGGUCUUGAUUUCUGCCCUCCCAUGUCAUUGUUUACACUUGUUCCUUUCCCAUUAGAUGUCUAGGAUUGUCCCAAAAAGAAUAUUCAUCCAUGACCUUAAUGAAACUAAACGGGGAAAAAAUGGGCUUCUAUACCACAUCAUGCAUAGAAUUAAAUUUGUUCUAGUUCAUAUCUUUUGAUCUAAAUAUCGCCCUCCAAAGUUGACAUUACCACAGGAAUGCUAUGAUCCUCUCUUCUGACCUAUGGAACGUUAUUUUUUGCUUUUUAGGAAAAACAUUAUUAUAUGCUUGUGGAUUAUUCUGUCAUUAAUACGGUUUAUAGAUAUUUUGAUAUGUUGAGUUUUUUGAAGUGUUGACGUUUUUGGAAAUAGGAUUAAAAGGAAAUGUAAAAGUCAUCCUAGUGAAGUCCUUUGUCAAAGAUACUGGCAAGCAUAGAAUAUCGCUUAGGUUGCUUCUGCCAUUUUUCUAGAUUAUUGAACCAUGUUCUGGUUCUUCCUUCUGCAUUCAGAAGCCUUAAUUUGUCUGCCUUUUCCUGUGCGUUCUGAUCUUCCAACUAUCGUGUCGCUUAUUGCAGUGUAUUAGCUUGUGUGUUUUUUUCUUUGACAGAGGCCUACCAUCUAAUCUACUUUGGAGGAUGUGUAUAACCUUUUUAUAGUCUGAAAUGGCGAAUGUUUAUUCAUGCUCUAAGAGAAGUUGUGUUCUUGCCAUAAUGGCUGUCCAUUAUUCUUGCUGGUUCCAUUUAGGAUUGAAGGUACUACUGGGGUUGAGCUGGCAUCUGGUCUACACUGGUAUCUGAAGUACUGGUGUGGGGUUCACAUUUCGUGGGACAAGACGGGAGGCGUUCAAGUGUCUUCAGUUCCUCCACCAGACCUGCUUCCUCAGGUGGAUGAUAGAGGGGUGGUGAUUAAACGCCCUAUUCCAUGGAGCUACUAUCAAAAUGUUGUUACUUCAAGUUGUAAGUUCUCUUUAUAACUUGAACUCAUUUUACACAACGGGGAGGAUGUGACAAAACAUAUACACUUGUCAGAUUAUAUUAUUCAGAUGAAUAAUUUAGCCGUAUUUUUUUCCAAUUCAUGUAAAGAUUGUGAGAUUUUUGGUUCAAGAAGAGCGAUUUUAUAAUUCUGCAAGAGGAUGAAAGGUUUUUUUCCUGUUUGAUGUGAUCAUAUAAGGAUGUUAUGAAUCAAAUGGAUUUAUUAAGCUUUUACUUGAAAGUUUUGCUGUUAAUUGUUUCGUGCUUGCACCUAAGAGAUCGAUUGUAAAUUUUUGAGAUUUUAUGUUGAGAUGCGUUAAAGCCUGUGUAUUUAUUUGGACUUCUGAACGUAAUUUAUGCAUAGCCGUCCUACCUUUCGUUUUCUUUGUUCUCUUAUAUGAUCUCACAGUUAUUCCAUUAAUUCGUGCUACACUAGCCAUUAUAUUUUACUUGUAACAGAUUCAUUUGUCUGGUGGGACUGGAAAAGAUGGGAAAAAGAAAUUGACUGGAUGGCUUUGCAAGGAAUUAACUUACCGCUGGCAUUUACAGGACAAGAAGCCAUCUGGCAGAAGGUUUUUAAGGUGAUUUAGUUCUAGCUGUCUACUGUACUGUCAUAUUGUCAUCCAUAAAUAUUAUAUUUAUAUUUUGUUGAUUGUUAUCUCUCAGUGUCAGCCAUAAAUAUUGAUAUUUACAGCAUCCUAAUAUUACUACUGCAUAUACUCUAUUCAAUUAGUUACUUUGAAUGAACUUCCUUACGAGGUUUAUUUUUACACUAACCUAAUACUUUCAAUAUCCUAAUCCAUAAAUAAUGUAUUCACAACAUCCUAAUGCUCACGCAGUAAGUAAGCAUUGAUGCUUCCAAUAUGUCAGACUUAAAUGGAAUGAAAGGACAAUUAUGCUUGACAGAAAUAGAGAGUACACAAAGGAGAGAGAGAGAGAGAGAGAGAGGGAGAGAGAAAUGACCCAACUCAAACCCUAACUGAGAGACACUAGUAUUUAUACCAUAGGCUCAAGGGACUAGAUGGGCCAAUAGAGCUCAUACCCAUAUGAGCCAAUGUGGCCAUGACCUGGAUGGGCUUAUAACAUUCAACAUUCCCCCCUAAGCUGGAGCAUUUAUGUCAUAUGCACCUAGCUUGUUACAUAGAAAUUGUACCCUAUGACCAUUUAAAGACUUGAUGAACACAUCUGCAUGUAGAUCUAAUGUGGACUGUAGUGAUGAGUUGUGCCUAGAUCUUCUCUUUAAUGAAGUGACAAUCAACUUUCAAUGUGUUUUGUCCUCUCAUGGAACACAUGAUUAGGCAAGAUAUGAAUUGCUGCUUGAUUUAUCACAUUUGAGCUCCAUAAGACCUUCAUGAUGAAAACCAAGUUCUCCAAGAAAAUGUCUGAUCCAUAUAAGUUCACAUGUAAUAUGUGUCAUUGCCCUGUAUUCUGAUUCAGCACUUGACUGUGAGACCACAGAUUGUUUAUUACUUUUCUAAGAAAUAAGAUUAGCACCAAGGAACAUACAAUAGUCAUGAAGAUCUCCUGUCUAGAUUGCAAUCAGCCCAAUCAGCAUCUGAAAAACCCUGUACUGUGAGAUGACCAUUAUUCUUGUAUAGCAACGCUCGACCUAGACUGCCCUUAACAUACCUCAAUAUCCACAUGACUGUUUCGAGAUGCUUAGUGCAACUUAACAGACUUUAUUAAUUGUUGUGCCACCACUCAGCACAACUGCUUGUUUUCUUCACUAACAACUGCAAGUUGGACAAUUUCUAAGAUUCUGCUAUAGGUUUUGGGGCCUCCAGUUGCAGAGCUGAUGCCAUGAUAUAUAUCAGCUUGGGGCAGGAUCUUGUCUGGAGAUCUGUCAUGAACGUCUUGUCCAAUAGAUUUCCAUAUCUCCACAUUCUUCUAUUGUGGGAAGCAGAUGUAUCAGGCAAGAUUUCUUGCAGCCUGAUGAGAAUACUCACCUGUCUCUCUGUCUCUGGUGUAUAUGAUGAUUGUCAAGAUGAGCCUGGGGUCGCAGCCUAGCAGGUGGCAUAGAUGUACUAGGAUGUUUACUAUGCGCAUCCCAGUGUUUAACAGGUGGAUGUCAUACAGAAGCUUCUUCAUCCCCAUCUCUCCUCUGUCCUGUUGCUGAUAUAUAAGAUCCUGUACAUUGUUAUCUUUGCUUUGCUGUCUAGGGAAAACCAAUCAGACAUGGUUUUCAUCGCUCUUUCUAUGGGCAUAGGGAGCUUUACUUCUACGCUAUCACCAUAGAAUUACCACUUAACUCAGCUCAGCAAAGAAUGUGGAAUUGUAUUGGUGCAGUUUUAUCCCUUGCUUUUCUAGCAUGCAUCGCCUAGAAAUUCAUAUCUGACCACCCUCAUAUCCACUGUAACUGCCUUAAACUUUUUGGACUGGUCGGAGAUUGUGACAAUCUUGUAGUUCUUUUGUAAAUAUGCAUCGAUCCAUCCCUGGAUUGGAUCCUGUGCUCCAUCUUCAUGUGCUUUGGACUCUACAUCACUUACUGCUUUUGCUCCGUUUUCCAGUUGCAACUGGCUUUUGGCAGCUCAGAGUUUCCGAAGCCAGUACCUCUUGAGUUCCCAAGCUUGUCAUGAUUGCUAAGGCCGUGUCCCAUGGAAGUGUCUGAGGAUUGUGUAUGCUCCAAAGGGGGAAUGCCAGUUGAUUGGAUGUUCAGUUUUUUUUAUAUAGUGUCUUGUGAGGAGUUCUCUCUAGCCUUUGACAUCCACAAGUGCUUCUACCUUCACCUCUUGCCUGUCCAGUACAACCUCCUUGCCCACAACCAUGAGGUCUCCGCAGCUGCCUAAGUAGACAUGAAGGUAGUGGUCUCACUAGCUGCUGAACUAGUUUGGGUACCUUCCUGGUUUAGAAAAGCAAGAGAGAUAUGCUAAUACAUCUCAGAAAGUGAUGGUAACUCAGCUCCUGAUAGAAUAUGACCACAAAUGUCAUCAUAUUCUGCUUGAAGUCCUCCAAGAAACUUCAUGGAAAUCAUUUGUGCAUUAUCUGAAUAUGACUGGAUAUGAGUUAUAAAGGAUUGAGGUCAUCACUAAGUUGUGUUAUCUCACCAAAAUAUUUAUUCAAGCUCUUAUCUCCUCACUUCAACCCAUAAUAUUUAAUAGUCAUAUCAUACAUCCUAGAAAUAUUAUUAGAGAAAUAAUAGCAAGAUGGUCCCUUAUUGUCUUACAUGUAUCAAGAUGAUUUAUUAAAUCAGAAACAUUCGACUUCAUAGAUCUCCACAAUAUAUUCAGAAGUUUUGCAUCUUGUUGUUCCCAGUGUUCUAAUCUAGCCAGAUUGAAAGGUGCCAGAUCAAUGAAGUAAAUCUUGACAAAUCUACUUCAGUGAGUAUACUAGUCAUUUAAUAUUUGAAUUUAUAAUGAUAUGACUUUAGAUUAUCAUUGCUAAUUUUAGAGUUAUAGAGGAUUUUGAUUCAUUAGCCAUCACUGAGAAACUAAUAGACAUAGUCUAAGUUUGACUAUUAACUCUCAAUUGAAUUGUUCACUUUUGACUAUUGACCAUUGAUUGAUGACUUUGUGAAGAGAGCAUUACUUGAUAGGAAUGCUGGCUGUGGGAGACUCUUGUCAGAAUCAGAUGAAUGAAUGUCGAGAUCCCUCCAAUUUUUGUUGGAGGAUGGCACAACUAGAUGGACUAACACAUCAAAACUUGAGAAAAGGAUGGCUUAGGCAAAUUGUGAUCAACUCUAGUGUUGUAGGGGUUGAAGUUACAUCAUGAAUCCUUGAAAAAUGUGCUUCAGUUGUCCUUUUGCCUUGAAUCCAUAAGUUGAAGAGGACAAGUCUCUUGAGUCCACAAGGGGGUGAUUCUGAAUCCAUAGAAUCAAGAACUGGGUUCCCUAAGUCCACAAGAGAACUAGAGUCUGCCAGUAGAAGGAGAGAACCUCAAGAGAAUAAGUUCACAAAAUUUUAUUGAUAGAAAAUUAGAAUGCCUCUGGGACUACAUGGGAGUGCCUUUAAAUAGAUUGAAGGGUCUUGUUUUGGUGCCAACAUUUGAAUUUUGAAUAAAAUUUGAAUUUCAAAAUGAAAUCUAAAAUGAGAAAUAAAUUUGAAUUUAAAACGAAAUUUAAAAUUCAAAAUUUGAAGACAUACCUCAGAACUAUGAGUCUUGAAAUCAACAAACUCUAAUUUUGAAAUCGGGCAUACUUCAGAACUUUCAAUGUCAUUGAUGUGAAUCAGUUUACCUUGUGACAUCUUCAAAAUCCAAAUCUAGAAUGCUAACCACUUGACAUAGUGAAACUUGAGAAAAGGAUGGCUUGGGUAAGUUGUGAACAACUUUAGUGUUGUAGGGGUUGAAGUCAUGUCCCAAAUCCUCGAAAAACAUGUUUUAGUUGUUGUCUUUUCAUCUUGAAUCGAUAGGUUGAAGAAGAAAAAGUCCCUUGAGUCUACAAAAGGGUGAUUUUGAAUCCAUAGAAUCAAGAAUGGGUUCUCUAAGUCCACAAGGGUAUUGGAGUCUACAAGUAGAGAGACAGAAUUUUAAGAGAAGAAAUUCACAAAAUUUUAUUGAUAAAAAUUUAGAAUGCCUCUAGGGCUACAUGGGGUGCCAUUAAAUAGGCUGAAGAGUUUUGUUUUGGCAUCAACAUUUGAAUUUCAAAUGAAAUUUGAAUUUGAAAUCAAAUUUUGAAUGAAAUUAAAAUUUCAAAAUGAAGUUUCGAAAAGGAAAUAACAUUUGAAUUUCAAAUAAAAAUAAAAAUAAAAAUAUUGAAUUUUCAGAUAAAAUUUGAAUUUAAAACUAAAAUUCUAUUUUUGAGGUCAUUUAGUUGCUUUUCAUAGUAAGAAAUUAACAGAAGCAAGAAGAAAGUAUAUUACAUACGAAUUAUAAUUUUAUAUUGUGAUUAAAGCAUUACAUACUUAAGAACACUAUAUGAUUUAAUGAGAAUUUAUUUUAUUUACUGACCAUCAAGUUUUGAAAUCAGUCAACGAUCAGACUACUAUCAAUAGAAUGUAUGCUAGAUGAAUUUUGUUUUUGUGAUAAAGCAUAAAUUUAAAAACUCAAAUAAAGUGGCUGAUGCACUAAGACUAAAAUCAACAUUCUUGAUUAUAGUGUGAGGUGAAGUUAGUGAUUUUAAAUAUCUGACGUAACUCUAUGUAAGAGAUGAAGACUUUGUUCAAAUUUGGUGUAUGUGUAAACAAGACAAACCAUUCAAAGGAUUUCACAUUCUUGGAGAUUUCUUAUUUCGAGAAAAUCAAUUAUGUAUCCUUAGAACUUUUUUUUAUGAGAAGUUAAUUCAAAAAUUACAUGCAUGAAGACUUGGGGAACACUUGGGAUAUGGCAAGACUUUGAAAAUGAUAGAAGAACGUUAUUAUUGGCCACAACUUAAGAAAGAAGUUGAAAGUUUUGUGUAAAGAUGUCAAAUUUAUGAAGUUAAUAAAGAACAGUGCCCGAACAUAAGUCUAGACGCUCCAUCACCCAUUGCAGAUAAAGCAUAGGUUGGCAUUUAUAUAAAAUUGUUUUUGGGAUUACCACGUACUCAAAGAUGAGUAGAUUCUAUUUUUGUGGUUGUGAAUUAAUUUUCAAAGAUGACACAUUUUAUUGCAUGUAAGAAGACUAAUGAUGCCAUUCAAGUAGCAAAUUUAUUUUUUAAGAAAUAGUUUAUUUGCAUGGAGUGCUUGUGAUUAUUACAUCUCACAAAGACUCAAAUUUAUAUCUCAUUUUUAACAUGCUCUUUGAAAUAGAUUUGACUCAUACCUAAAAUUCAGUACUACAAGUUAUCUACAAACUGAUGGUCAAAUAGAAGUGGUUAAGCUUGAGUGAUGGCUUGUAAAUGACUUGUAGUAUUGAAUAUAGGCAUGAGUCAAAUCUGUUCCAAGAGAAGAAACUCAUGAAAUUUUAUUGAUAGAAAAUUAGAAUGCUUCUAAGGUUACAUGGAGUGUCUUUAAAUAGAUUGAAGAGUCUUGUUUUGGUGCCAACAUUUGAAUUUUGAAUAAAAUUUAAAUUUCAAAAUGAAACCUAAAAUGAGAAAUAAAAUUUGAAUUUAAAACAAAAUUUAAAAUUUAAAAUUUAAAUUUUCUAAUAAAUCUGAAUUUCAAGAGAAAUUUAAGUUUCAGAUGAAAUUUGAAUUUCAAAUGAAAAUUUAAAUUUCGAAUGAAAUUCGAAAAAUAAUAAAAACGGAGAUAUGGGCCUAAUUUUGUAAUUGAGCCAACUUCAACAUGAAGUGGGCUUCAAGCUGCAUCAGUAGUAGGCUUUAAGCUGCAUCAAGAACGGUGGUGAUGGUGGCCAGAAGAUUCUGAACAGAUGAGUAGCUCUGAAUAGGGAGUGUCUUGGAGAGGAGCAGUGGUUGGCAUGGCAGCACCAGACUAGGGCGACACUGGACAGGGAUGAUGGCAGGCAGAGGACGACUUGCCCCACCUAUAGGGUUUUCGUCAAACAGAACUCAAUUUUGAUACCAUGAUAGAAAUAGGGAGUACACAAAGGAGAGGAAGGAAGAGGGAGGGAGAAAGGAUUCAGUUCAAACCCUAAUUGAGAGACUCUAGUAUAAAUGCCAGAGUCCCAAGGGACCUAGAUGGGCCGAUAGGGCCCAUACCCAUAUGAGGCGAUAUGGCCAUGACCUGAAUGGGCUAUAACAUUCAACAAUGCAUAAUGAAUGUAAAAGUCCCAAGUUAUGUUCAACAGGCUUUUAUUAGAGAAAUUUGAGUAAAUUUAAUAUUUGAGCAUCAAUGUGAAGACAUCUGAAUGGAUUUAGGAUCUGUUUUUAAGAUUGAUUUCAAAAUUUAGAAUAUUUGUAAGAUAUUAUCAGUUUCAAAAACAUCUUUAUCACUGUCAUAGACCAUUGUAGUUUUCAAAAAUAGUUGAAAGCCUUGCCAUUUGUUAAUGGUAAAACAUUAAAGCUACCCAUUCUUUUGUGUUGGAAAAGGGUUGUCAUGCAGCACUGCUUCACGUGGAUUCUGUAUGUUGUGGUUGACCUACAAAAGAAUCCAGGUUCCUGUUGGCCUGACUAUCUUUGUCAUGACAAGGUCAGAACUUAAGGUUAGGGCCUUUAUUAUCCCCACACAGAUCUUGUGUGAACUUCAUCAUGCGAUUUCAAUGGAUUUCUUUAGGGAGGUGCAAGAGAAAGAGGUGAUGUUGUUAUCCUAACUAUUCGCAAUCAGGCCCUUGAGAAAGGGUACUGGUUCCUGUCAACCAAUUUAGCUCCAAUAUUCUUGUUAGUGUCCUUGAAAUAACUCCUAAUAGUCUAGGGCAUGGUCAGUCAUCGUAUUCUAAAGGCUGAUUGAGUGACAUACAAAAGAAUCCCUUUAUUCAUAUGCUUAGUCUUGACAUGGUUCUCUCAGUUUUGGUAAAAUAUUACUCAGGUAACAUGAUACGAGGUUCCAAGUAAUCAGUUAUUUAUGCUAAAACACAAAUAAAAGGGUAUUUCUCUAAUUGAUGAUAUUUUAAGGGUCAAUGUCUAAACAAGUUAUUCUUAAAUUUUGUUGGAAUUGGUCUUCAAUUUUACAUUGUGGUUAAUAUAAUCCCUAGUCUAUAAGUUCGGAUUCUAGUAGAGUUUGUAGUUGGGUUACAUAUAUGAUGAAUUGGACAUUUGGGUCCCGAAAUCAUGAUAGUUUAUGAGGAAGGAGGUAUCAGAUUUAUGAAUGAUGCUAUGAGCUUCAUGAUUGAAUUUCUAAUUUAUUGUAGUGAGAGUAUCGCAUGUUUAAAGCUUGUCAAUCUCUUAACUUAUUAGGAAAAUGCUUGGUUAUUGAGAAUAUGAGUCAUGUAUUCUUUUGUUAAAGCAUUGAUAUUUAUUUUGAUCAUUCUACAGUUUUCUUUCAAGUUAUUGAUUAAUAGAUCUAUCUUGAGUACGGUUUAGUUUGCUCAUUGUGGUACAUUGAACAGGAGUUUAAUGUUAGUGAAGUAGAUCUGGAUGGAUUUUUUGGUGGACCUGCCUUUCUUGCAUGGGCACGCAUGGGGAAUAUGCAUGGGUAAGUUCUAGUGUUAGAAACUUGGUAACACUCUAGCUUCUUUUGUAUUUCAUUUUGAUUUGAGAAAUUAUAUAAAAAAUCUGCUAUUUUGAAUACGACUUAGUUCUUGCUGAAAAUUGCAGAUGUUGAACUUUUAAUUGAAUGCUUGUUUCCUUUGUGGCAGCUUUUUGGAUGCCUUUUUCCACCUUUGCUGAGCAUGGUUUUUACAUUUUGUCAAAUUCUUUUUUUAAUACUAUUGGCGUCAACAUGUUCAUUCAUUGAAAAGCUGCUAUUUGAACUUUCCAUUUUGUUCUUUGGUGUGGUAACAAAUUAAACAGUUUACUCUUUUAUGCUGUAUUGUGCAUUAUUCUUUAUUGUUAAAGAAUUAUGGUUCAUUCAUCAAAGCAUCUGUUUGUACAAUUGCCAAAGUUGAUAAGUUGUCUUAUUGAGCUCAUAGAAAUGAAUGGUCAUCUCAAUGUUAACCUAGUCCCACUCUAAUUUUUAUGUAGAAACUGAUGGAUCCUUGUUGAAUUACAUACAUAGGACAUAGAUGUCAACUAGUCGAAACAAGAAAUGUAUGUUGCUGAUCUAAUAUUAUUAGAAAUAAUGACCAACAUGCUCUCCUCUAGUUAGGGCAAGAAAUUUCGAUUUUUUUGAUAUUCUAAUAAAAUUGAAUUAAUAACGUAGAUGUGUCAUUACCAAAGUGCACCAGCACUAUGACCACUGACUAGAUCUAUAUCCAAGUUAGAUAGCGUGUUUCCAUAGCAUGUUCAUAAUAAAUGAUAAAUAAUUUGAUGAAAUUGAAAUUUUAUGUGAAAGUUUUUGUUUGAAUAUAGUCUAUGUUAGCUUUGCCUAAGGAGAAAUGCACCCUGUUUUAAGGUCUUUGACUGGAUUAGUUGUGAUGGUAAGUGCUCCAAUUUUUCCUCUGUUUAUUUCUAAUCUUCACGCAGAUUAGAUUGGAAGCACACCAAUUUCUAUCACAUUGGUCUGGUGAAGCAGAAUAGUUAAGUAUGCUACAAUGCAACAAAGGCUAUGGAUUCCUCCUCUACUAUUUGCAUUGAUCCACCAUUCAACUAUGGAUAAAAGGAAGAAAAUUUAACCAAUGAAAUCAGCAGCCAAUUUCAACAACUUCGUAGCUUAGUGUCUUAGAACAUAAAUUCGAUUAUUCCAAGCCUAAGAAACAGUGUUCGACAACUGUCUGUAGCUGUUCAAAUGCUUGGAAUAGGGAGAGGAAGUCUUUUGUGUAUUUCAAUUGUUGUUUUUGCACUGGGUCGAAUAUGCCUUAUUCAUAAUCAUAUCUUUUGGGAUUUUGGUUCGUUCAUUUUUACUUUCAGAACUGCACAAGACUCCUUAUUAGUAGAACUUGCUAUCUUUUACUUUCCGAGCUCUUUGCACUUCGAGUUUUUUCCACCUCUUAGAGUUUCUUCAUUAAGCGUCUAUUUAGACCAGAUAAGGAUAUACUGACCCUUAAUUUGUACUGCGGAUAACAUGUACGAAAUUACUCUUGUAACUAGUGAAAUUAUGAAUGAUCUGAUUCCUACUUGAGUCGCCUCCUUUGUUUUAUGGUCGUUCAUGGUCAAUCUGAUUUCACAGUAGGGAAUUUGGUUUCCUUUGAAAUUGAGAAAAAAAUUAAAAAAAUAUAGUUACCCUUUUAGAAUUGGCCGAUUUCUCAUGGAUAAGCUAAUUAACGAUAUGCCAUCUGCUUCUACGAUAAUUGUUGGAUGAUGGAAGAGUUACAUGAUCUUGCCAAAGGGAGGGCUGGGAAAGAAGAAAGGAACAACAAGAAGAAAAAUUCACCUGUCUUGUUACUGUCAUCUGCUGCUGAUUGUGUUUGACCAUCACUGACUGUUACAACUAAGUGGUGAUCAGAGACCACUAUCUAAACUAAGUGUUGGGAAUCUCACUACAUCCUAAAAAACCUGAUUUUGAAACUUUUUUCCUUGACACACUCUGUUAGUUGAAAUUAUUGACAUGCUUACUUCUUAAAUUAUAAAUAUUUUUUCUUUCUAAACCCGAUCUAAUUUGUAAGACAUGUGACAAAUGGCAUUUAUCGAGUUUCUAACUACUGACACAAACCAUAAAAGGAUAAAAAAUCGGGAAAAAUCUCUUCUACUUCUCAAUUAUAUGACAAUUGUUAGUUAUGUACAAUUACCCUUGCCACAGGAAAAGAAACUACAUUGGUUAAGCAAACUGACUAUGGACGUGAACAAAUGGUACACCCAAAAUCCUUAGGAUAAGAUAUUUCCUUUGGACUCUGGAGUAUUAAGACUCUAGAAAGAAAACAGUUUAUAAGAUGAGUGGCUGUAAGAACUACUUCUCUCAUGAAGAAUUUAGGCACGUCGUUUUGGAACAAAGAGGCAUGGGUUAUCUCAAGGAGGUAAAUAUUUUUUCUUUCUGCUGCUUCGUUGUGCUGUGCUGUAUUGACAUACGAUGACUCAGGUGCUAUCCUUUCAUUUUGAAAGUAUGUAUUUUGGAUUUGAUUGAAAUAGUUCCAUGCAUUAUCUGACCUAAACCUUUUGACAUUGACCCUGAAUUAAUUCUUAAUCAUGAAACAAAAUUUUUGGAGAACAGUGUUGACAUCAGAUUUCUAUUUGAACAGAAAAAAAACCAAGUAAUACGAGUACAAUCAUUAAUGAAUGAUACAAACCAUCUAACCCCAGAAAUGUUCGGAGGGGCUAUUUUCCUACACAUGCUACAAUAUUCUACACAUGCUAAAAUAUUCAAAGAACCAUCAGCUGUGGCUAUUUUCCUACUGCUUGGGCAAGGAGAGUAUGUGGAAAAGACAUUUGGUGAGUUGGUCAUAUGGUUGGUAGCUCCUGAACCCAUUAUCCAUGAGUCAACAAAGGUUGUACCUGAGACAUUCACUCCAAUAGAGGAUGGAAACUCACCUGAAUAUCCUACACCUGCUAAUGAACGAUCUCACUCUCUUGACCUCUUCUUGGUUGAUUCCACUUGACUCCUUUGGUGCUGCGUCAUUUUGCUGUACUGUUAUGGCAUGUGCUCGACAUUGUUCAUUGGGUUCUCUCUUUUCCGUCCUCAUUCUUAACGCAGAGGUUUCUCACAGAUCUUCCAACAUCAUUCACGAGUAUGGUGUGGCUUCUUACACUAAGUGUACCAUAGACUACCCAUACGGUCACUCUCUGGAACUUAUGCUCUCUCCAUGUUUGUGGCUGAGUUAUUGCUACCUCUAGCCACCAUAGCUGAGCUGUACAUUGUGGCUCAAGUAUCAAGCCUCUUCUGCUUUCCCCUCCUCAAAUCAGUGCUGCUACAAAAUUAAAGCAUGAAACCUCCUCAAUGCCCAGAAUCUGAAUUCUCACUUCAUCAAACUCUGGAUUAAGCCCAAUGGGAAAAUCAUAAAAGUCCUGGUCAAUGAAAUCCUUCAGAAUAGCUGUAUCCUCAGAAAAUUUGGUUUUAAUUGACCUAUAAUGGUCAAGCUCUUGCCAAAAAGCUUUCCACUGAUUAGCAUAUUCCAAAACUGUUUUCUCUGUUUUUGUAGCAAUUGUCUUCACCUUAACUUCAUAUACUUGAGCUGCGCCACUAGUGUUGGAAUAAGUCUGUUUAAUUAUAUCCCAGAUGUCUUUGGGUAUAGCCAAGGGCGUACGCAUGUUGCUAACCUCUCUAGUGUUGGAAUCAUUUCCAUCCCAUGCCUCAAACUGAGUAUCCGCUGUUUUUUUCCCAGUAUCUGUGUAAUGGCUGAUCUUUCCUUUCCCUUUCAGCACAGUGCAAACAAGUUGGAACCACUUCAGUUAAUUUUUCCCAUCCAGCCUAUAUGUAGGCUGAAUAUUCUGCAACUCUUUGGAUUGUUGAAACCGUUCACAAGGAUGGAAAAUUAAAUAAUGUAUAUUUUCACUGUUCACAAGGAUUAAUCAAUAAGCAUGUGCCCCCUAUUGAUCAUGUUUCUCUUCUACACAAAUUAUCAUUUACUUUUCUGUUCCAAUGUUACAUAUAAUGCAAGUAUCUUUGUCGACCGUCAUCAUUGUACAUAUGUACUUGUAUAUCUAUUGAUAUAAUAAAUCAAUGAAGACAAAUGAGAAUUUCCGUUUUCUAGUGAGUAACAUUUGUCUAAUUACAUAGAUAAUAUGAAAUUCUCGCUAUAUGGCUAUAUGUAACUGCCAUCAAUUUAGUGGUAUAUGGUAAUUUGGAAAUUGUUUUUGAUGAUUCUUAAUUUGAGGAUAAAACCGAUCAUUUUAUUGGUUUUUGAAUCAUCUUUCAACUUUUCAACUUUUCUAUAAAUUUCGAAGAACUCUUGGGGUCAUCUCAGUUUACUUUCUUAAUUUUGUUGUCUUGUCCUCCUUUCCUCCUAUAUUGGUUCCCUCUCCUUCAUCUGUUUGGUGGUUGUGCAAAGUUGAUCAGAGUGGGGGAGGUGGCAGCUUCUUGUCUUUUUUUUUCUUUAUUAUAGCUCAUAUUGGCUUGGAUUUGCAUUUUCGCUGCUACAAUGGAGAUCAGAAUUAAAAGAAACUACCUUGGGGGAGUGGAGAUGGUAGAGGUAUGGAGGUUAGCCUUAGCUUGGGCCAAGAUUCCAGCCAUCUCAACUAUUUUCAUUUUCAGAGAGAGGUUUAACAGAAAAUGACUUUUUUGGAAGACUGGUUGAUUGGCCCAAAUAGAUCUGUUUGAGAAGGAUUUGGUGAUUACUAGCUAUGUUUUCAGCAGAAUUUACAAUUUUAGUGGAAUCUAUGCGAUUUUGUUGUAUAGGAAAUACCUGGGAUUUUUGGAAAUAUUUCAUUUCUUAUCAUUUUGAUGUUCCAUCAUUCUGUUUCCUGUUUUGGAGACGACUUACUAUUUUUGGUGGAUUACAUACAGCUGGGGUGGCCCUCUAUCACAAAAUUGGCUUGAUUCACAGUUGUAUCUACAAAAGUCCGUACUGUCACGAAUGAGAGAUCUUGGAAUGACCCCAGGUAUUAUACAAGAAACUAUGAAAAGUCCAUACUUCUCUUGUAGAUUGUUGUGUUCUACAUUUGCUCAUUGGUAGGUAUGAUUGUCUUUCAUUAUCUACCAUUAGAGGCUCGGGAUUGUUGUGUGACCAUUGAUGCUAUUAGUUUUUUCAUGGGAGUUUCUUCUCAACCAAUCAUUCUUUGAUUUCUGUAUGCUUUCAUUAUUAUUCUUCCUUGUUUUUUUCUUUAAAAUCAAGAGGUGGAAGUCAACUUUCUCAAAAUCUUUGUGACGAUUGCAUCAGAUAGCUUCCAGAUUGUUACACAUUGCUUGUGUUAUCUAGUCGUAGAGGUUUGUUGGUGGUAAUUAGGCAAAUAUGGAGUAAUUCCUGUAAACUGGCUAUUGGUGAAGGAUUAUGUGGAGCUUAACGUUUUCCAUAGUUUCUUGUAUAAAGUUGUUAGAACCACAUCCAUUUCCAGCUCAUUCAGAUUCGAGUUUAGUGUCUGGUUAUGUCACAUGGACAAUUGGAUGCAGUUUCUGUUGAAUAUGUGGUCUAUAUGUUUAUGAUGUCUCCAAAUGGUCCAAUAACUUUUUGCUUUUCAUGGAACACGAUUUUUGAGAACCAUUUCCAGGAGCUGCAUUUACUAGAAAUAAAAAUCGGUGAUGGUCAUACCUAUAUGCAAAUAUAUGCAUCCAAAUGUAUUCUCUUUUUAUUAAAAUAAAUUUUAUCAUGAGCUUUUAGGGUUAUGACUAGGCUUACAUUGAAUUCAUAGAAGGAGCAUGUCACAGACGAUAGGACAUUGAUGAGGACAUAAAUCAAUGCAUGUCAAGAUGAAAGAGGGGAGAGAGAGAGACGCUUGAUGCUUUGUGGUUGAAAUCACUGAUGCUGCUGUUUUCUGUUUUCUUUCUUGUGAAUUUUGAUUCUCGCGCUGCCUGAUCUUCAAACUUUUGUCUAUGUUCGUUAACAGACUUAGCCUGAUGACUUUUUAUUAGUUGACUCGAAUAUCAUUUCAAAUAGUCCAAAUAAUUGAGACCUUUGAGAUAUAUGCUAGGCUCAUUGUUUGAAUUCAGAUAAUUUAUAUUGGUAUACCCCCUAAUUUUGGUAUAUCCUUUGAUUACUUCCUGUGGAAGAGUAUUUAAAUUGUUAAUUUAACCAAAAUGAAAAUGAGAAAAGAUGAGUCAGCUUAGGUUUAUUAACUUAUAUUUUUAUGAAUUUUGUUAAACUCUGGAGCAAUGCAAAUACAUGAUAAUACCGAUGCUUAUUUUAUAUUGUUGAUAGAAGUGGAGAAGAAGAGAUAGAGUUUGAUGUGCCAGAGCCAUUGGAAACUGAGAUGGAGCUCAUUGAGUGGUGUUUUGUAGCUGAUAAAUGGUAAGUGGGUCUGCCCUUUAAUGGAAUGUCGGUUCCAACCAUUAGAUCGUUUUAAAUUUAUUACGUGGUAUGCUAAAGUCCAUUGUGGAGGUACUAAGAGAUCAUCAAGUGGAUAAUGAUUUGAUUAGAGCAUAUUAGAUAGAGUGAGCUUCAGUGCACCAAGUGUACAGUGGGUUAGAACCCAUUUGAUGGAGAUUCGUUGUGGAGAUUAAUUGGAAGGUGGGUUGGAGCUGAUCAAAUGGAAAGUGUCCUAGAGGCCAUUAGAUAGUGUAUUUGAAUUCACAGGAUUUGCGGGUUGGAACCUGUAAUGUUUUCCAUGGAGAGGAACUGAGUAAAAAGCCUGAGUGUUCUGUGCUGCUACAAGUUCUCUCUAUUUUCACUAGUAGCCUAUCCCAAGGUACGAGGUAAAAGGGGUGAAAUGCAUAUUCACCAGGUUGACGUGGAGUGUGGGAAAAAACGUAUUAUUAAGAGUUAGUUUCCUAGGUUAGUUGGGCUGUUGGUCAGUUUCCUAGUUUGGUUGAGUAUCCCAUAAAUCGUAGGAUUUAACCUAGGUAGUUUUCCUUUUUUGGGGCUUGGGUAAUUGUAUCUAACUGGGCAUUGUUCUAUGAAUUGACAAGACAGAAAAAUUUCCCGACUGUUUAUCCUGGUUUGGUUUGCAUCAGUAUGUGUAGUUUUGUCUCUCUUUUUCAAUUGCUUACCAGAGGUUGUCGGCACUUUUUACUCCUAACAAUGGUAAUCACUAAUGAGACAUUUCUGGGAACUGGAUUCUAUUGAGGUAAAUGAUCUACAGAUCUAUGGAGUCAACACAUUGUUCUCCUAACAGAAUUAAGUGAAACACCCUGGUAACUGAUGUCUUCGGGGAAUGUUUUAGGAGAAGGAAAUUUCUAGUCAACAUAUGGAUACUGUAGACAUCAUAAUUUGUCUAAUCAUAUCAGUAAAGGAAUAAGUUGUUGUGACUAUUGCGGGACUUUCUCUUCUGUGUCCUGUUUUUCAGAACCUUCAAACAAACCUCAAUUUAUUAGCUUAACUAAUCAAUAUUUUAGAAUUGGCAACAUGCUAAAUCUUUGGAGUCACUUCUCUUAUUUUCCGCAGGUGUGUAGUGUAAGUAGGUUGAAAGGGAAAACUCUACCAAACUGUGCACCAUUUUUUAUUCAGUACCCAAGUAAUUUAAACAAUUAAAAAAAUUAUGUGUUACGAACCUCCAGAGAUUCGGGCGAAUGCACGCCCUAAUCCUACGUUAGAAGUGGCUCCUCUCGCCGAACUAAUAAUUCUCUUCUAUUAGAGAACCAGAUGGAAGAAUUAACAAUGGAAAAUAGAAAGAACAAGUAGAAGGUUCGGAGACAAUAGGAAGUGUUUCUGAGGUUGGAUCGACCCUCAGGAACAGGAGAGCCUGAAUUGGACUCUCAUUUUAUUUAGGGCCUUCUCUAUAUUUAUAGGUCCUAGUACAUUAUUCUACAGUGGUCCCCUUCAACGUAGGGGUCUAGGUCAUCUUUUGAAGAUGAUGGAUGCCUUCGUAACAUUAUGUUUUAUCCAUAUUAGUGGUGGCAUGCGCUAAAAAAACGAUAAACAUGAAAAUGGUCAAUACUGUGAAAAGAUAUACCUGUUGUUUUUUAAAUUUGCAUUACUAUUCUCUCCAUUCAUUGCUAUCCUUUGGAUGGUGAUGUGGUUGGCCAUUGGUGUAAGUUCCUUUAUUACGUGAAUGGGUACUAGAAACUGUUUAUUUCUCCCAUUUUUUGUGUGUGCGGUCAAUGGUUCCCCAUUUAUUGUGUCUAUUUCGACGGUACAAAAAAGGUAAUUCGCUGAGGAGUUUCCUUCAGUACUAUGAUUCUUGUCAUGAAAGUUAGUUUUGAAUCCCUCUUUCUUCUUUAUACUAUGAAUUUCUAUUUUUUUUACUCAUGUACAUUCAUUCCUUUCCUCCAGUGCUACCUGCAUUCUCUGGGAAUGUUCCAGCUGCACUUGGAAAGAUAUUUCCGUCAGCAAAUAUAACUAGACUUGGAAAUUGGUAUGAUCCCUUUUUGAGAUAAUUUAUCCAUUGCAUUUUUCUGUCCCCAAAGAAAGAAGUUACUAAAAGAAUGAUGUUUUUGUCUUAUUUUAUGGUGAUUAAAGUUAAAUCUGCGUUUCUUUUUAACAUUUAUGGUUUAAACACUAUAUUACUGUGGGAAAGAGCACAAAUUAGGAGUUCGGUUCUUAGUUGAAAUGCUUCCUAGUUUGUCAGUUUUCUAGUUGUUAGGUAGCUUAACAGGGAUCAUUGUACAUCGUGAAUAACCAAAUUCCAAUUGAAGUGAAAUCUUUAGGAGGAAUCAAUGAAACCCUGUUUUGUGGCCCUGGUACUUGUAUAUAACAGUCACCUAUGAUCUGAAUACGAGUUGAUUUUUUCCUCUGCAUAUCCUCCUUGUGUUUGGGCCAUUCUUCAUGACAAUUAUCAUUGUGCUUUGAUAUUAUACAUGCCCUAAUAACAAAUAUCAUGUUUGAGUUGUGGAAAAUGUUUCUUGUGAUUAGAUGGUUCCAGUUGUAAAGUCUAAAUUUUUUUGAGCCUAUCUUGGGAGGCUUCCCCACCAUUUUGUGAUGGUCGCUACUGAUCUAUGAUGACAGUUUGCGCCAACUGAUCUGCAUACAUAAGUGACAAUUCAUUUGCUUUCAUUGAAGGAUUAAGAAAUUUUCCCAUGCGCUUUAAUGCCACUCUAGAUCCCUUUGUCUAAGUUGAAUAUUGGAAACCUGUUUUUUUUUCUUUAAGAAUGAAUAAAUGUAAACAUAUACAUGUACAUUUUUUUUAUGCUAUGGUACUAGUUCUUUUAUAUUUUCUCCCUUGCACUCAUGACUGCCUUGCUACAUAGAUUGGAAGAAAGUCAAAACUCAUGUGGAAUGGUGUUGUGGGAAUUUUCUCAUAUUUUUUAAUUGUCAGUUUGUGUUGUAGAAAAAAAAAAGGGAAAAACCAGACUGCUUUAUCUGACCUAAGUUAUUUGUAAGGGCAUUUGUUGAUGAGUUUUAAAAUUUCGUAUAAAAGCAUUCUGCUGCCUUUGUUUUCCAUCAGAAAACUUGGUCGAUUAUAGUAGUUCUAGCUUUUCUUUUGACUUGCUUUCUCAUCUAGCUUCUGACAGGAAUAUGUUACGAACCUCUUGAGAUUUGGGCGAAUCUAUGCCUUAAUCUUACCUUAGAUGUGGUUCCACUCAGGAAAUCAACUCUUCUAUAGUAUAGAAGAACCAGAUUGAACAAUUGAAAAUGUAAAUUGGAAAGACAAUAGAGGUUCGCAGACAGUAGGGUGAGUUCCUGAGGUCGAAUUGAUCCUUAGGAAUAGGAGAUCCCUAAUCGGACCUCCCCAAGGACAGAUCUCCCCUUCCACUCUCUGUUUUCUCCUCUUUUUCUUAUUUCGGCCUCUUCUAUAUUUAUAGGCCCCAGUACAUUAUUCUGUCGUGGUCCGCCCUCAACGUGGGGGUCUAGGUUGUCAUGUGUAGAUGGCGGUUGACUUCGUAACAUUACUUCCCCCCAUGGGUUUCACCUUGUCCACAAGGUGAGAUGUAGGAAAUUGUUGAAGGAAUGUUGAUACUAUCAUCCAUGACGAUUCAAACUCUAGAAAAUGUUUCCAUGAAACUAAUAUCUCUGUGCCUUGAGGAGUCGACCUAUGAGCUUUUAUUCCAUCUGGAAUUAGUAUCCAUUCCUGAUCUUUUGAUAGUGUCGGGGGAAUUGGUUGGCUCCUACAGUCUGUUCUGAGUGUCUUCCUAAGUUGGGAUAUAUGGAACACCAGAUGAACAGUUGAAUGGUCUGACAAUUGGAGUUUAAAUGUCACUGGUCCAAUUCUUUCCAUAAUAGGAUACGGAUCAGGUCCCUACCAUAUACCACUGGAAAAUGAGUAAUUUUAAUGGAAGAAUGAUAGGAAGUAUUGUAACUAUGUUCUGUCCAAUGAAGCCAUAAUUUCUACUAUUUCGGUUUAUCAAAUGUCGCACAUCUCAAGUAAUUUUAUAAGCAUCUAUUGACUACUUCAAUCUGUCCAUCUGUUUGAGGGUGGUAAGAAGACCUGAAUUUGAGUUUAGUCCCCUGUAGUGUGUGUAGCUCACACUAAAUGCACUUAAGAAUACUCAUCUCCUAUUGGAGACCACUGUCUUUGGAAACCCAUGGAGCCUUACGAUUUCCUUAAUGAAUAAUUGAGCGACCUCCUUGGCUGAGAAUGGAUGAUGUAGGGCAAUGAAAUGACUAUACUUGCUUAAUCUAUCCACUACUACUAAUAUGACAUUCGACCCAUAUGAUUUGGGUAAACUUUCAAUAAAAUCCAUUGAAAGGUCUUCCCAUAUUUAGGUAGGUAUAGGCAAUGGCUGCAGAAGUCCUGUUGACGAUAGUGAAGAAGAUUUAUAUUGUAAGCAAGUAGGACAAUUGUUGAUGCCUUUAUAUCUCUCUUCAUUCCUUGCCAAUAGAACUGUUGCGAAAUUCUAUGGUAUGCCUUCUGAAACCCAACAUGACCUUCCACCGGGCUGUCAUGAAAUAAUUGUAACUCUCUAGUAACUAAAGAGGAAUGUGUUGGAAGAACCAACCCUUUCUGUAUAUAGCAGGGAUCCAUCUUUCAGAUCAUAUAAUUCGUUAGAUGUAUCUCCUUAAGAUAAAGAGGUUUUAAUCUUUGUAAGCCUAGUGUCUUGGUCCACUGCUGCUCAGACAGCUUCGAGAUAAAUAGAGUAUUGUGCUAUUGCCUCAUUUACUUCAUCUUAUAGUAACAACGGACAUUGGGGUAUUGCAUCUGCAACCUUAUUGUUCUUCCCUUAUAUUUAAUUUCAAAACAAUAGCCCAUCACUUUCACCAGCCAUUUAUGAUAUUCAGCAUGGAUUUCCUUCAGUUCAAGUAAGAAUUUAAGAUUGUAUUGGUCUAUUUUGAUGAUAAAAUGCUGACACAUAAGAUAAUGUUUCCAUUUCCUUACUGCCAACACUAUGGCCAUCAACUCUUGCUCAUAGGCCGAUUUUAAUUUGGCUCUUAUUAUAAGUGCUUGACUGAAAUAAGCUAUUGGGCACCCUUGUUGCAUGAGAAUGAUCCAAAAGCAUUGGUUUCCACAAUAAAUUCUUGUAAAAAAUUUUUUGAUGUUAAUACUGAAGCCAUAGUCAUUGCUUGUUUAAGGCUAGAAAAAGCGGCUUGUGCUUCUCCUGACCAAUUGAAUGCAUCCUUUCUUAACAAUUCCGUUAGUGGCCAUGCAAUUGAAGCAUAGUUGGCAAUAAAUUUUCUAUAAUAUCCAAUGAGCCCUAGGAAGUCACGGAGUUCAUUAAGAUUUCUAGGAAUCGGCCAAUUAGUCAUGGCAGAUAUCUUCUCCUUAUCAACUUCUACUCCUUCCGCCUUCCUCAUAUGAUGCAGAUGUUUGUUAGUUGUGACGCUGUACACAAGUAUAUCAUCAAAAAAAAUCAAUACGAAUCACCUCAAUCGAUGUUGAAAUAUUUGGUUCAUAAGUGAUUGAAAGGUUGCCGCUGCAUUUGAUAAUCCAAAAGGCGUGACUUUAAAUUCAUAAUGGCUGUGAUGAGUCUUGAAUGCAGUCUUAGGUACAUCUUUCUUUUUCAUUUUGAUCUAAUAAUAUCCUGAUUUUAAAUCAAAUUUUUUAAAAACUGAUUUCUCAUAUAAUUCAUUUAGUAACUCAUCUACAACUGGAAUGAGGUAUCAAUCAAGAACUAUAGUUCGGUUCAACACUCUAUAAUCUAUACAAAACCUCCAUCCACCAUCUUUUUUUUUGACUAAUAAUGCAGGGCUGGCAUAAGGACUGUGUGAAGGUUGUAUGACCUCUAUUGAUAUGAGUUCUUAGAUUAAUAUCUCAAUCUCGUUCUUCUGGAAAUGAGGGUAUUUGUAAGGCCUCAAGUUAAUAGGUUUUGUUCCUGAUAAUAGAUGAAUGGCAUGGUCAACAGGCCGUUGGGGUGGCAUUUCUGUUAAUACUUCAAAAACCUUAGGAAAUUCUUGUUUCAGGCUGAUUUCUAAAUCAUUAGGUGCAUUAGGGUCUCUAUUUGAGUGAAUAUGAUGCAAUUCCACCAUGUAUGUUUUGUUGCUCUUAAGUUCCUUCUCUGCUCUUCUUGGUGACAUACUGAUUUUUAUAAUACUAGGGUCCCUUUUGAAAAUGUGAAUUUUGCCUCCCAUCAUGAAUCUCAUUAUGAACUUCUCAUAGUUGAAAAGGAUCCACCACCCUAAAGUUCUCAACUACUGCAUCCUUAGGAUCAUAUCCGUGCCACUUAAUUAUAGUGGUAAGAAAUCUUGUACUAUCAAAACACCUUGUGCAUGGAGAGGAAUGGCCUUGCAAAUUGCUGCACCUGCCACUGUGCUGCCGUUGGAAACUGUUUGUGCUGUAGCCACUGUGUAAUUCCUAUGGUCAAAGUCUAGUGGUUCUAGCCUUUCUUUUGACUUGCUUUCUCAUCUGGUUUCUGACAGGAAUACCAUUAGUGGAGAUCCUCGUUGGUGUUGCACAUAUCUUCUUGAUCCAUCUGACCCCUUGUUUAUUAAAAUAGGGGAAGCAUUUAUCAAGCAACAAAUGAAAGGUGUUUCUUUAUAAUAUUCUUCUAAUUUCAAUUUAGUAUGAAAUGCAUGACAGGUUGCUGUGCUAGCUUAUACAUUGCUUUUUGAUGUUAUACAUAUUUGGCAUAAGAUUUGUGUGAAAACUAAUAGGAAAGGUUUUGCACAAAAAUCCCUGAUGUUGGAAUAUCAUUGAUUUUACAACGUACAUAUAGCUGUGGUAUGUUUUUGCUUAUUUUCCUGAGUAUCAUCGAUGUAAAUGAUUAAGAAAAAGAUAUCUGGAUUUGCAUCAUAUAAUCAUUGGUAGAAAAUUCAAACGCUUAACACUGGAAAUUUCUUUUAAGUUAGUAAAAUUAACUGAAUUUGGCUGAGAAAUUUUGCAUGCUGACAUGUCACCAUUGGGUUACAUUAAGAUGUUAAUUUACAUUUGAUUUAUCUUUAUUUAAGUCACCUCCAGUCACUUUUUGUGUUUAUUUUUCAUGGCAUUGAUCUGCUUUACCCAGGUAUUUAGGAUUUACUAGACUUUGACCAUAGGAAUUACAUAAGGUACACCAAACCUUUCUGGAUAAUAUUAUCUUGAUCUAUAUUUUUUAUCUUGGUAUAGAUAUGCAUUUUGCAAUCUGUGAACACAUUCGAAAUCGUCGUGAAGAUAUAGUUUCACUUUGAACUUGAUGAAAGCUUUUCAUGCGAUGUAACUUUUCUUGGAUUUUAUGGGGAAAAUUCUCUGGUCCGCAGAGUCAGAUAGCAGUCAUGUUGUCUGCGGAAUACAUUCUGAGAGAUAAGGGAAGUUGUCCAGGGAGUGAUUUAGGGGGGUAGCAUCUUUACCUUUCAUUAAUUUUUGAAUUUAUUCAAAAGUUCAGAAGAAUUUGAUCUGGUAUUAGUUGCUCAUAAUAUAGUAUAAUGUCUCUGCAAAGCAUGUUCUGGAGAAGUGUGAAAAUAAUGUCUUUUACACUGUUGAAUGUAAAGCCUUCAUCAACCUUGACAAAAUCUGAGUGAAAAAACUAUACAGUGAUGAUUUCAAUAAUAGAUUCUGUCACUAGUGUUUCCUAGUCAGGUAUGGGGGGAUCAACUCAGAAUCCUGAGCUUAAUGAACUACUGCAUAAAUUCAGCAAGCCAAUUUUUACUAGACGGGAUAUUUUAGAAAACAAAGACUGAAUUUUUUUUCUGUGGAAAUGUAGCUAGAGAGCUUAGGAUUAUAGGUUGCUGUCUAUUACAAGAGGCUUUGUGUUAUUUUUCACUCAUUCUUCCAAUAUCCUAAUCUUCUAUUUAUUUUUAUAAAUCGUGUUAUAGUUACUUUUAAGUUUUUUAUUAAUCUAAGCAUCAAAAUACUUUCUUAAUGAAAAGAGCAAACAUGGUAACCUAGUUGGUGAAAGUUGUCAGAAGAAAAUUAUGGGCGAGCUAAUGAAUUAUGAAAUAGUUAAUCGUGAUUAAGCAACUUAGAAAUAAUGAUGUAGAAACCUCUCUUAUCUUUUGGAUCGUUUCUUGUAUUUUUUCUUGUGAUAAUGGAUAACCAAUUAUUCGUGGCCCAACUUGGUUCUGGGUAAAUUGCUCCUGAGUUGGUGGGAUAAUAAACGGUAAAGACCCCGGAUUUGAAGAGGCUUUUCUCAGAUAGAUAUGUGACACACUCAUACAUUAAUAAUGAAUUAAAACUUGUAAGAGUUGACCCUGAUAUGCACGACAGAAGUGGAUUUCCAUAAUGGUAGACAUGGAGGUACAGGUUGUUCUCCGAAAAAUGUGAAUCAUGUUUUACUUGGGCUUUAUAACCUCUAGAUCAGGUGUUGAAACCUAGAGAACAAAACUGCACAAGAACCAGGUCAACACCAAGUGAAGAAAAGUGAAAACUUUAUGGAAAAGUGUUGGCUUCCCUGACAGACCAUAAAAGAAAAAUAUAUGGAACAACACCCACGUACCAAAGGUUGACAUCUAAAUUUAGUGGAUGGUCUUUAGGGGUUGACCCCUGAGCCUUACGAGUUAACACAUUUAGUUUUGUAGUGUCAUUUUCCCAAAAUAAGAACUUGAAAGAGUUAUUUAUCAAACUUUUGUAAGCCGUUGAAGGAGCAAGCGUCUGAACAACUAUUCCAAGAUCUUUAGCUGUAAAGUACCAAGAAGAAAGAGAGAUUCUCAAGGGUUUACAAUCCAAGAUCUCUGACCUUAGAAGUAUUUUCAGUUUACAAAGCUCUUAAGUGCAUCUGACAUUCUUAUGACUUGUCCCAGGCCGUCAAGUAUCCUCAAAUGUGCUUGGAGACUUGUACUCAUGAUUCCUAUUGAAUUUUGGUAUGAGCCUGUUGAGCAGGGCGUGAAAAUUAGGGUAACAGGUUUAAAAUAGAACUCUGUUGGAUAAUGUUUCAUUUCUCUUGUUUAGGGAAAACCCAGUGGGCAUACCUUAGGGAAGGCUCAUGGACAACUGAACUGGGUCCAAUUUCGUGGUUUGUGCUUUUAUGUUACAUUGUAUUCACUUUUAGCCCUAUUGUUCUUCUACCCAAAUUAAAGUUCUAUCAACUUGAAUGCUCAUAAAGUAAUUUCGGCUAUAAAGAUCUUCAGUUUCAUAUUCCCAGGAAAAAAAAAAUUAACAGUACGAUUUCUUGAUUAUUAUCGCCUAAAAUUGUCAUAUCAUGAACAUAGUUGAUGAGAAGGCUAAGUUUUUCGUAUUAAUACUUUAGAAAUUAGGUCUAAUUCUAUUUACUUUCUUACAAAUGAACGUGAACAUGGUUUUUAUUAAGGAUAUUUGAAUUAUAGGUCUUCUUGAAUUGACAAACUUUAGAGGCACUGCAUACAUCGAAGAGGAUAUAACUUGUAAACUUUAUUUUGAAGGGUCCCAGUUUAAGUCGUCAUUUUUUACAUCAUGUUGUUGGAGAAUCAAGUUAAAAAAAAAAAACUUUAGAUACAUUUCAGUUUGAUCACAAUUGUACAGGCCUCUUGACAGCUAAGGCAUUAAAUUUGUGUAAAUACGUUUGCUAGAGAUCAUGCCUAAAACCCUUGAUAAUUCCAUUUACUUGAUAGUUGACUGUGAGCAGUCACUUGGAGCUAAUAGACUUCUGUCUGUAAAGAUGUAACAAAAGUUCCCAAGUAUCAUUAGUAUAAGCUCAUGCAGAAUGUUUUCAGUUUAAGAAAAAUAUAUACUUGUCCCUCAUAUAUUCUUUUGUUAUUAAUCUGCUGUCAAUAUUCCUUUUGCCUAUUUUUCAUAACACAUGAAUAACAUAAUGAAAUUGCUUUUCUUGUUAGACUUAACCAGAAAAAUUCUGCUAUAAUUACUUUAGUCAUCAAUAAAACUCGUUAGCUCUAAGCAGUAACUAUAUCAACAAAAAUGGGGAAAUGUAUCAUACGCAAGGGAUUCAUGGUGGUUGGAUCAGAACCCAAAUGUACUCCACUCUUAAGCUCCCUUUGGAAUUUUGAUACGAUCCCACAAGUAAAACUCUUGAUUUCAAAGGGAGAAACAAGGAAAAACAGGAAACAACUGAAAAGCAGACUUAAGGGAGGAAAUAGAUCCCAAGGGAAUCCAGCCUCCGCCUGGGGAGAUGGUUUGAGAGGUCUACCUCCUCUCCUUUUAUGACUCACCAAAGAAGGCUGGUCCUUACAAAUUCGGGGAAACCCUAAUAUCCCCAUUUUCAAAAUUUAGACCAAUUUACCCUCCUGAAAACUCUACUUCUUGUGGGCUUUUUGGGGUUUUCUUCCCCCUCUGGCUGUAGGUUAAUACUGGGGUUAUAACAAAUUUCAACUAGGUAACAUUACUUAGAUUUUAGCCUCUUGAAGGAACCUUUUGUUGCAGCCUAUCUAUCAAAUUCCCAGGAAUUGAUGAAAGAUUGGCUGGUCCUAAUUCUUAGAGGGAGCAACUACUGCUAUCAACAGGUCCAACACGUCUUUGACUGUUGAUGAACUGAUGUGCUUUAGACACCCAACUAUUGCUGUUGUAUUUUCUGUCAUUUGACAAAUCAAGCUCAUUGAUGAGCUUUAGCGACCCAUAGCCUCUUCUAGGGAAAGUUGUAUGCUAUCAUUGGUCCAACAUAAUAAAAAAGCACUGUAAAACAUUUUUUCGCUCUUUAUUCAUCUCGAAGUUUGUAUUUUUAAGGUAAAAUGUUUGAACAAUAUUAGCAUUAUGAUAGACGUUUAAGAUUGUUGAAAAGUAGUUCUUACAGUAGUAGCACUCUCUCUCAAAUUCACCAUUCCACCUUAUUUCUAUUCUUUGUUUACAAAAUUGAAAUUUCUGCUGAGUGGCUAUGAAGAUUUUUUUUUUCGGAGAUCUCAGCAUUUGGACUAAACCGUGUGUUGAAUUUUCUCAAUCAUGAUGAAUUUCAGAGUAUGGAGACAUAACGGACAUAUACAACUGGUAAGUUAUUUGUCUAAUGUGUUGUUUUAUUUUGUUACCAAUGGCAUAACUGAGUGAUAUCUGCUUGCAUGUUAGUACUCAACCCAUCAUAAUAUAGCUGUGACCAAGCACGAUCAACGCAGUGAACCUUGUUUAUUUAUGUGCUUUAUGCAUGUACUUUCUCCCAUCUUUUAGUCAGUAAUCAUAUUGUUUUAAUUUGUGGUUUCUUCAUUAUAGAAUUAAAUAUUCAUCAUUUUGUACUUGUCUAAAUAAAAUUUGCAUCAAAAUGUAUUAGAAGACUACAAUUAGUUAGGAUAAAUAACUAACACACUUUCUAAUGGUGAUAAUGGCCAGUGAUACAUUCAAUGAAAAUUCUCCUCCCUCAAACGACCCAGCAUACAUCACCACCCUUGGAGCUUCUGUCUAUGCCGCAAUGUCCAAAGCUAAUAAGAAUGCAAUAUGGUUAAUGCAGGUAUCUUCUACAUUCUUGUUUUUCAGGCUUCAUUCUUUCUUUGUUGCACUUUGAGCAUGUACCAAUCUCCCAUAUAUAACAUUGUGAUUCAGGCAAAUACUUAGUGCCAUCUAUAAAUGAGGAUCAUUUCUAGUAUCCAUCUAGACUGAUUAACAGAGAAGAAUAUAUAAAUGAAUGGAUCAGCAAUAUAUGAUUGACAAUGGCUGGAAUUUCUCCCCUGUAUGUCAGCUCUUGCUACCUUAAUCGGUAUUUGUCACUAGAAGUGAAAUUUGGCCUCCACCUUCUCUAUUUUUGUUGGUGUCUUUGGCAACCAUCAAUACUGAUAUGUCAAAUGAGAAUGAAGCUGGACUCUGUCUCGUUGUCUCUCUCAUUGCUCCAGAUACGCUUCGAAUAUCCUAACAUCUUCCUAUUUUCACUAGGAGCUCAUGUUAUGUUCUCAUUCUUGACAGGUUCUUUGUACUCCAGUCCUUUUGUUUGAGUCUCUUUCUUUUCAAAGAAGGGCUGGAAAUAUUUGGUGAGGUGAGGAUUUGACAGUGUGGCACAGAAUCGUGCAUCAGUUUUGACACAUUGGGAGAUCUUAUGGUCUAAAACCCGUGUGUCCUCUUUAGCCUAAAAAUGACCAUUAGGUCAAAUAAAGUUUAUCCAGUUCUGUUUCAGUCCAUUUGUUCUCAUUUUCUUUAUCAUGGAGGUUUAGGACAUAUUUUUGAUAAGCACUAAGUACGACCCAGUCUUAGUUCAUUCAUUUCUGUUUUCUGUUUCAGUUUUAUGUGUAGAACAGUCAACGGCAUAGAGUUCCAACCUUGGAUUUGGAUUCGGCAUUGGCAAUUCUGAUCGAAUUGGUGGAUCUUUAGUAUAGUAGGUUAAUUCCAAAAGAAAAGGUUCUAUCUGAUUAGCUGAUGUAUCUGAUCGAAUUGAGUGGGCAGUUGACUCCGGAAAAAUUAUAUAAACUAACUAUCACAAAAUUGAAAGAUAUUAAUAAGAAAUCUUAAAUUAUAUAAUCAUAAUCUAUAUUUUCAGAAAGAUUGCCUCCUUUUUGGACCUUCCCACUGAACUUUCAAAACACCUAUUUUCAUGCUUUUAGAUUGCCUUUUCAUUCUCGUGGUUCCUCUCUUUUCUUUUGUUGAUGAUCAUGUCUUCCGUUAAUGUUCCUUUGCCAAUUUCAGCUCCCCAAUUCAAUAUUUUUUUAUUAUUUUCUUUUUGUUUUGACCUCUUUUUCUUUGGAGUCUUCUCCACUGUACAUGGUGGGCAGAAUCGGAAGACUGAAGAGCUUACAAAUCAAAUGCUUUGGGAUAGGACUGAUUAGUUCACAAGGGGUAGGAAAUUAUGUCCCUUACAGUUUUUAUAAGUUGCAUCAUGUAAAGCAGGAAGACUAAAUCGAUUUUAAUCAAGGCGCAUCUCAGAUUUGAACUUAUUGAAGUCGAGGUGGAUGAAAAGAGAUAUAUUUAUGGAUCGCUCCUCCUACCUCAUUGUUACCUUUUGAAAGUGAGGAUCUUUGGUAGUCAUUUCCUCUCACUCAGAAAGAAGAGGAAAUGUGAUUAAUUCGUCUUCUGUCUUCUGAUGGCCAACAAGUUUUAUUGCGCUUGGAAAUGGUGAUGUCCUUGUUGGCAAAGGUGGAGCAAUUGGAAUCAGCCAAAGUUUCCUUACAACGUGAAGGGGAGACAGACCAUCAACCAAUUCUUUGUGGUGUCUGUGGCCAGACAUGUCACAGUUGCACAAGAGGGCGGAUGUAGUGGUGGCACCUGAAAUGCAUGCAUCAAUUUAGGUAACAUGGGAUGAUAUAGUUUAGAAUAUUUUGGAGACUCUCAUUCUAUCAAGUUGAUUGGAUGUGAUUGAAUGCCAGACAAUGUAUAGGCAAUAGAAGUUAAGGUGUAUCCUGAUUUUUGGUUACAUACUUUGAGAUUGAUGUACUCCAAUGAACAAGAGUGGAGUGCUGACCAUUGGGAAUUUUUGCCUCCUUUCUUUCCCUCUGUUUGAAUAAGAAUCAUUGCAUAACCUUAAUGUUUUGAUGUAUUGCUGUUGUAUGAGCAACCAUUCUCAAAGGGAUCUCUGUGUACUUCAAACUAUGUUUUCAUAUUCAUAUGCAUAUGGUGUGUUUUUGUUCCAUAAAUUACUUUGUUGUUCCAACCAUAAAAUUCUUAGUUCCCUCCAUGAUAUUCUCUCCAAACCUGUUCUGUGAGUAAGGUCUCUUAAUUGUCCAGGUCCUAUCCUCCUGAUUCUUACUUGAGGGCCUUGUAAAAGUUAAAGCACCAUGUUGCCUAUUCCUCUCUCAGUUUUGCUCGUCAAGAACUUUAAUCUUUGUUGACUUUUCUCCUUAGUCGGUGAAAGUACUCAUGCUAGAUGCUCUUUUUUCUUCUAAUUUAAUAUGUACACUUAGCCUUCCGUGUAUAUUUAUUCUAAGAUUACUAUAUCACAAUGAUCAGAAAAGGAUAUCGCGUGAAUCGUUUUUUAUGCGCAGGGUUGGCUCUUUUCAUCUGAUGCUGCAUUUUGGAGGCCACAGCAAAUGAGAGUAUGUCACAGUACCUCCUUAAUAGGAAACUGUGUAUUAAUCAUUUACAUAUUAAAUGAAGCCCAACUAUUUGCGUUGUGCAGUCAAUAAGAAUUUUCGUUACAUGUAGCCAAGCUUUCUUUGUAAUGGCUAGAUUCCUCUGAUUAUCAAUGGCUCUAUUCUCAUUAAAUACAACCGUGCCAUUAUUGCUGUAUAAUUGUGAAACCAUUUUUCUUAUGUAUGGGGACAUUACUAAGUCAAUGAGUCUUUAUGGUGAAAAUAAUUUAUGCCAAAUAGAAUAGUGGUACACAGACUAUAUUUUCUUGGCUAGAUGUUUUUCUAUGAGGGCUUCAUUGAUCAUUUUGGUGACAAAUGACUUCUCUUGAAUGUAGACCACCAGAGGACAGGACAACAUUAAGAGACUUCUUAAACAAUCAUUUUUCAUGCUUGACUAUUUUCUUCUUUAUCAACUCUUUGAUUCACCAAUAAACAGUUUUUCCUUUUAUUUAUUCAGUUUUAACGUCACUAAUGUUUCACAAAAAAUUCUUCAAUCUGUGCAUCAUAAAAAAUGUCGUGCCCUGGUCCUUGGGAGAUAUGUUACAUGAUGAAAUUGCGCUUGCGUCUCAACAAAGUGUCUGAUGAUUACCAUGAUACCGGUUUUUUGUCAUCUUUCUAAUGUAAGGGAGUAACAGACCUUCGAAUUGAAAUAAGCAAAUGUGAUGAGAGAAGUUGGAAUGUAAAAGAAGCAGGUAAAAAUUUUCGUUAUCUUGAUGUUUCUGCCUUCAUCUGCCUGUUACGAAGUACAUUGAACUCUUCAUUUAGAGUCAACUAGUAUUUCAUCUCCAUUCAUUGCCCCCUAUGGUUUUGCAUUCAGAAUGUUCAACAUCAGCCAAUGCAAGUUUUGAAUGAUUUUCGUCUAACCCAUCUCUCCUUUUGCCCGUCUAUGGAACACAUAAAACUAUUGUUGCCCCCUGUAUUAUAAAAAUACAACAGGGAGGAGGUUUUCAUUCCUCCUCUCCCUUGUGGUUAUUCUUCUGCUGCUUUCUUAAUAUUCAUCCACUGUAGAUGGUAGUUGUCUCUUUGCCAUCCUUUCACGUCUUGGAUCUCUAUUUUAGCAAUGUAUGUAGUGAGGGGGCUCAAUGCACCAUUAGUUGAGUUAAGAUGGUUCAACUUCAUAUGUCAGGUUUUAUGGUCAUUCUGUUUCCCAAAUUAUAACUGGGCAGCGGCUCUUCAGCAAUCGAUUCUAUGUUUUUGCCCAAAAACAGUUAACUGUCAAAACUACAACUUUUAAACUUCAUCAAGACUUGUGACCGAUUUCAAGUCAUUUAUCAUAAAAUAAUAUAAAAUAAGUUUAAGAUACAUAUGAACUCACUUCUCUGUUGUGUAGGACCCUCCAUAAUCGUAAUAUGAUAUUAUAAACAGGAAUUUCUGAGUUUAUCAAUGACUUGUAAAGAGCCUUUGGAAGCCUGUAGAAGUGUUUUUGUACUAUAAUUGAAAUGAGACUUCUAAGUAAUACUAUUGUAUGGUGUAUCAAUGAAAUCUGGCAAAGAUGAAAGUUGAAUCCUGGAUAGGAGUCAUGCAACUAGAGGGGUAGAAAUGAGACUUCUAAGUAAUACUAUUGUAUGGUGUAUGAAUGAAAUCUGGCAAAGAUGAAAGUUGAAUCUUGGAUAGGACUCCAAAUACGAGUUGAAUGUACAGAAUAAAAGAAGGUAAUCAGUAAUCAUUCAAUAUACAAGAGAUUCAUAGAGGUUUGGUAAACCUCACACCUACCCUUCUCCCUAAGCUGCUUCUGGAAAUCUUACUUCAUUACCUAACCAACAAGUUGGCUUAUUGAAAGUGCUGACCAAACCUUAUGCAGCCAGCCCAAGAUUUACCCACUAGAAGUUGUGCUUUUACAUGAAAAGGAUAAAGGAAAGUAGAAUACCAACAUACUAAAAUUAUCAAGCAAUGCUAGAGAGAUGAUUCGGAUGUAUCUGAAGGUCUAUUCAUUCGGAUGAGUUGAAAAAAUUGUGUUCUUCUCACUAUAUUGGCGUAUUUAUUAGAUUCGAUCCAUAACACUGUCAGUGCGUCUGAUGGAAAUAUUUAUUUAGUUUUGUUAUUCACAUUUGGGAUUUUUCAGGCUCUUCUUCAUUCUGUUCCAUUUGGAAAAAUGAUUGUCCUUGAUCUCUUUGCGGACGUGAAACCAAUAUGGAAAGUAUCCUCCCAUUUUUAUGGUGUCCCAUAUAUCUGGUAACUUUCAAUCCUUAGUCUUGUCAACGACUUGUUUUUCGGUUUAUUGUUCAGCAAAACUUUUAUGACUAAUGAGUAGUGGAUAAUGGCUAGGUGUAUGUUGCACAAUUUUGGCGGAAAUAUUGAGAUGUAUGGCAUUCUGGAUGUCAUUGCUUCUGGUCCUCUAAAUGCUCAUGAGAGUGAGAACUCAACCAUGGUAUGUCUUGAUAAAACUCUAUCGACUCAUAGAGUUAUGUUUUUCCAUCAUGUAAAUAAGCAGAUGACCUAAAGCGAUUGAAUUCUUGACAGUUUCAUAUCUUAAAAUUUUAUUUCAACAAUACCUAAAUGAGCAUGUUUUUUUGUUUGUUUCCUUCAUGAACAGGAAGCUUAUCAGAUGGCUUCUCGUGUCUGUCUGCUUCUUCGUAUGCUUUUAGUGAUUUAUGAUUCUAUGUUGAAUUUUGGUCCCCAUGCAUCCUGUGCCAGCAGCAUCAAUUGAGUACCGUCGUCUGCCCCCUGUGCUAGCAGUAGAAUCCACUACUGGCCACAUUUCCCACUUCCAUAACCAGCCUUUUUUAUUCGGAACUUAAUUAGAAAACGAUUUGCAUUCAUCUUUUAUUAUGACCGUUUCAUAUAUCUCCAAAGUUAAAAGUACAGUUAUUAAUUUUUUAUACAUUGAUUCAACCGAUUGUUAGACAAAGUGAGUUGCAUGCAGGUUGGGCCAAUUCAGUCUUGAGUUGGCUUCACAUGUUGGAACUUCUUUGAAGCCCUAUAAUCAAAACUUGAGCUGACUCACAGAUUCAGGCCUGUUUGGCAAAACUUAAUGUGUGCCUAUUGUGCUUGUGAUAGUAGCCUCGAUCCAGGUAAGCAAAAGCAACAUAAAUAUGGAAAAUAGAAGAGAGAAACAUAUAGCUAACAUAAAUAUGCUAAAUCCCUAGACUCCUGAGGGGCAUUCGAGAAGCCCUCUCUCUCCCAAAACAGACUCCCCCUCUUCUCUCCCCUUCCCUCGAUUCUACCCUAUAUGUGUGAGUGGGUGGGUUGUGUUGUCCUCUGCUGCAGUAGCUAUUGGGCCUGACGGGCUCACUUUCUUACGCCUUGAAUUAGUUAGGCCCACUGGGGUCCUAACAGCUUCAUAUUGAAAGCGAGUCAAUCAUAGACUCCAGGGCAUAUUGGGUCUAUCUUCUAAUACGCUUCUAAAGCUAGGGCAGAUAUAUCAGUUUACUCCAGCUUGUUACAUUCGGCAUAGAGAACUAUUGCUCAGAAAAAUGCAAAGGACAAGAAAUAAAUGCUAAUUUUAUGCCUAACUAGGAGAUGUUGGAAUGAAGUCAAGAGUUGUCCAAUGCUGCUUUAAGUUAGAGACGAAGUUGGAGUCGAAUAUGCUGAAGUUGAAGCAAGAGUAAAAAAGUCGGAAAGGGACAUGAUAUUUGAGGUCAGAAAAAGAGUGGCCGAAGCCAAAGCAGUAGCUGACACUGUUGAAGCCAGAGUACUAGGAGUUGAAAUUGAGGUAAUGGGUGCUACAGUUGAAGCCUCUAUAUUAGAAGGCGGAGUAGUAAAUGUCAUAGAUUCAGUGCCACCAGCUGUUGGCAAUGAAAACCCCGUGGGACAUGCUCUAAGUUACAAUCAGAAGAAUUGGGAUAGCUGAAAUAGAAAGAAAGAGCAAACAACAGGAACGUAAGGCUAUUGAGAGCAGUAGAGGUCCUGAAUUAUGACGGCAAGGCCGUGUGUCCAUAUGAGGCUGCAAAUUUAUUGCCAAAGGACUAGGACAUACGGAUCAUGUAUGUGUGCAGCCCCAUAUGUGGGUGGACCCAUCACAAUGGGUUGGCACUAUCAGAUCGAAACAUGAUCAUUUUUCAUAUCGGCGGAAGUUGUUCACAGUGAAGUGGGAUGAUUAUGAAUAACAAGGCAAGAUGCGAGUGAAUCUAACAGAAAUACAGUUGAAAGCAUUAUAUACUGGUGCCACCAGAAUGACUGGAGAAGUGAUAAAAUCCAGCAGGGGUAGAGCAGCACAUGAAUGGGCUCCUGCCACUGCCUUCCUCACCCUCAUUGUCCAGCAGCAAAGGCAGCAGCUGCUUGAGAAACCCAUGUAAACUAGAAGGUAGACCAGGAUAACGUUUGUGGCUUUCCUCUUCACCUCUUUGCACUCAGAGAGAUAGAGGUUGCAGUAUUACAUAAGAGCUAAUAUGACCCAAUUGAAUGCAUAUUCUAAUUGAAUCACAAACACACUAUCAUGCGAUGUCAGCAUUUUAAUUCCAUAUUCUAAUUUGACUUACUGAACAUAGAAUUUUAGGUGAUGUUACUGCUUUUAUAAAUUUUCAUGCAUUUGCUUGCAUCCUGUUUCAAUAUUAAUAACAGAGUGUAAUCAUUUACUUAUUGUGUAUAUUUGUGUUUAAAUGUUGAACUUCACAUUUUGAUAUAUGUUACAUGGUAGUAGUGUUCUUCUGAUUUCUCAGUAUCAGAGAGCAUUCUAUGUUACAGGUUGGUGUUGGAAUGUGCAUGGAAGGUAUAGAACAGAAUCCAGUGGUCUACGAACUGAUGUCAGAAAUGGCAUUUCGCAGUCAGGAGGUUCAACUUAAGGUGAAAGCAUCAGAUUUGCCUUUUUAAUGAUCACGGACAUAAAGAAUUGUGUCAAAAUUAAUGUUUAAUAUCACCCUGUUAAUUUCAUCCAUUGGAUUAUGUUAUGUUUUAGAUUUUUUUUGUACAAGCAUUGCUAUUGUAAACUUUAACGUCUAAUGUUAUUCUUAAAGUUCUUUCGAAGUUCUUCCAACUUCUUACUAUGAGAUUGGGGUCACAUACAGUGGAUCAUGAGAACAAUAUAGUAUCCUAAGAUCCGUUUGUCGAAAAUAUCAAGAAAAACUUUUACAACUAAAUAUUUUUUUUGUGCCCAGCAACAUUUAUUGGCAAAGUGAUUCCAUGUCCUUAAUGAGCUCGCAGAAGAACAAUGGAUGGGUGUCAAGAUUAUGAGCCAUUCCGAUCUUUUUAUUUCUCUCUGUAUCCUUAACAUCACGAAUAACAGGGAUAUUUCGUUCUUUUUAAUCUGUUGGGUUUGCCCUCUUUAUGAAUUGAUAGAGGAACUGAUAGACCCAUCUUUUUGCCUGGGUAUCUCUCCUUCAUUGCAAUCUUCUUCUCUUUCUGGAGAUGCUUAUGACAUUAUCUGUUAAAUUAGAUAGACAGGAAUAUGAUAGUUAUAAUUAGAAAAAUUAUGAUAGUAUCAAUGCGGUUUAAAUGUUAAGGAAACUUAUCAUAGUUUAUUGCUAAAACUGUUGGGAUGCAACGAAGUUCAUUUUCCUCUCUAACUGUUUAUAGAAAUGGUCACAGAUGGAAUAUAUUUCUAAUCGCUAUUUUUCCUUAUCCAACCUAAAGGGUUAUCUUUUGGGAUGCCUCGAUAUAUGAGAGCUUCUAAAGAUUUUUUAUUGAAGAAUAACGACAGACAAAGGGUAAUUUGUUUGGAUGGUUGUUUCAAUUGUGAAAAAAGCUCAAAAAAGGAGAAUCAAGUCAUUCUAUCACACUUCAGAAUAGUUUGUGUUUUAUAUGCUCUAUGAAGCUUAGUUUUUCGUGCUUUUUGACUCAGAAGGGUAAAGUCUCUAGUAAUACUGUAAUAUUCUCUAAGGCGUCAAACAUAUUUUGUCUUCGUAUGUUUGUUGACUAUUUCCUUUUAUCUAAUUAUUUUUCUGGCUAAGCAAUUUUUUUUGUCAGAUCCUAUCUUUAUGAGAUGUUGAACUACUUUUUACCUCUUUAAAGAGGCAUGCAUUGCUGAUGAUGAUGGUCCUUCUAACCCAAAGUAUUUUUUUCAUCUAUUUUUCCCUCGUAGAUUCAGAGAUCCACUUACGGAUUUAAGGGCCCCUAUUUUCUAUCCUUGUGAAUUCAAUGGUUUUACUUAUCAUUCAUUGUAAAUUCACGAUUUCCAAUUUUAUUGCCUAUUAACUUCAGAUGGGAUUUAUAUAUUUGCUUUGUAUCAUGUUCUACAGUGAUAUGUUGUUUUGUAGUCGCAAGAAGAAUAUUGUACUCCAUUAAGUUUAUAUGAGCCUUAUGAAAAGUGAUUGAUAUCAUGUUCGAUUAUAAAGUUGACGAUUUUGGAAUGUAACAUAUAUUCUUCAAUGAAAUUUUGUUUUGUAGCCUCAAAAAAUAUGUAUAACGGUUACAACUUCAUAUCCCAUGUUUUUUGUAAUUUAUUUGAGUGUUUCUCUUAACUUUACCCGAGCUUUGGCAGUGAUUAUUCUUGUCCUGUUCAUUUAUUCUCUUCAUCACUCUGACAUCUGAUAUACCUUUAUUCCAAAACCAGGGAUGGUUAAAGAGCUAUUCCAAACGAAGAUAUGGGAAAUCUGUCCCAGAGAUUGAGACAGCAUGGGAAAUACUAUAUCAGACGAUUUACAACUGCACUGAUGGAAUUGCUGUAUGUUUCCUUCUGAAAACUUUUAUGAUGAUAGUUUUUUAAAAAAAUGCUAACUUUGCCAUUAAUACCUCUUAGACCACUUUAUGACUGUAUUAUUCAGUUUGACUUGAAAAAAAGCAGUAUGUAGAAUCACAGAGGAUGUGUUUUAAUUACUAAAUGUUUCAGCCUUUAGUAGGCUACAUGAUCUGUAGAAAUAAAUAUAGCUCUGAUUUAGUCGGUCACAAGGUUUGUGCAUACUCAAAUUUAUCGUCAUGUAGCUGACCGCAAAUUUCUAUGAUGCAAUAACAAGGAUUAUAGUGAUCAUGAUGAUACAUUUUACUACGCACCAAUGAAGUUUUAUCCAUGUCAAAUUGAAUCAGCCCAUGAGACGAAACUGGCAGACUUUACCUUUCACAUCUAUAUUGUCUUGCUUUUUUGUGGGGUUUAAUUCAUUUUUUUGGAUAAGAUAACAUAAUGUUGACAUUCUUUCAUACUUCGCAAUCCAAGACCUGUGGUUGGCAUCAGAAAUGCGUUACCCCUUUAAUGUAUCCUAUUGCAACGGCUUUUUUUAUAACAAAAUUUAACACAUACCUGUGCAGGAUCAUAAUCGGGACGUCAUAGUUCAGUUCCCAGACAACAGUCCAUAUAGCUUGUUUGAGGAAAACGUAACGAAGUUCCGUGGAAACCAGGUUCGUAGAUUCUCUUUCAGAGAAACAAUUACUGACAGCCAUUCUCCUCAUCUAUGGUACUCGACUGAAGAAGUGACCAAGGCACUUGAGUUAUUUCUUAUUGCUGGAGAUAAACUUGAAGGAAGCCUUACUUACAGGUAAAUGCUGUUUUCUUCGGAUUAAAGUAAAUCUAGAGAAGAAUAAACAUCUCGUCCAACAUUAAUUCCUCUGUAAUUUAUUCAAACAAAGUCAUCUAUAUCUUCUGUGUUACAACGCCUAGGAUCUACUUUUCUAUUGAAAACUGUCACAGUUCUUUCAUUCGUUGCGUAAAUGGAAGUGAAUUGGCAUUUUUGAAGGUUUCUUACAUUCAGAUGUGCAUUGGUUUUGUUUAUUCAGAUAUGACCUGGUCGACCUUACAAGACAGGUAUUGUCCAAACUAGGGAACCAAAUCUACCUAGAUGCAGUAAGGGCGUAUGCAGAGGGUGAUGUGGAUAUGUUAACUCAUCAAAGCCAAAGAUUCAUAGAACUCAUAGGAGACAUUGACACACUCCUAUCCUCUGAUGACAAUUUCCUGCUGGGAAGCUGGCUAGAGAAUGCAAAAACUCUUGCAACCAGUCAAAACGAAAGAAGGCAGGUUAGUCAACUAGUUCAUUGCUAAAUUAGUACUAUCCAUGUAUUGUCUUCGUUCACCAUAUGCACCCAAUACACAUGUACUGACUCAUCUUCUUCCAUAGUAUGAAUGGAAUGCGAGAACCCAGGUGACGAUGUGGUUUGAUAAUACAGACACGAAUCAGAGUAAACUACAUGACUACGGUAAUUUUACACGAGAAAGGUUCCAGCUUUUUAGGUCUUUGUUUCCACUUUCCUCUAACUCUUAGUUUCGAACAGCAAAUAAAUACUGGAGUGGCCUGUUAGGCAGCUACUAUCUGCCACGGGCUUCCACGUAUUUCAGCUACAUGUUAAAGAGUUUGAGGGAAAACGUGAAGUUUCCACUGGAGGAAUGGAGAAGAGAAUGGAUCUCAUACUCUAAUAAAUGGCAAGCUGGAGUGGAGCAAUAUCCUGUUAAAGCUAUUGGCAAUGCUCAUGUUAUUGCUAAAGGUUUGGUCACCAAAUAUCUGAGCUAA